AUGGUGAACUCACUACUAUACACGCAUUACUGCUUUACCUCUAAUAUCUGCUACGGUGCAUCACUGCUAUACAAGCAUUACUGCUUUACCUUUAAUAUCUGCUAUGGUGCACCCACUGCUAUACACGCAUUACUGCUUUACCUCCAAUAUCUACACCGGUGCACCCACUGCUAUACUGACAUUACUGCUUUACCUCCAAUAUCUACACCGGUGCACCCACUGCUAUACAUGCAUUACUGCUUUACCUCCAAUAACUACACCGGUGCACCCACUGGUAUACACGCAUUACUGCUUUACCUCCAAUAUCUACACCGGUGCACCCACUGCUAUAUACGCAUUACUGCUUUACCUCCAAUAUCUACACCGGUGCACCUACUGCAUUCACGCAUUACUGCUUUACCUCCAAUAUCUACACCGGUGCACCCACUGCUAUACACGCAUUACUGCUUUACCUCCAAUAUCUACACCGGCGCACCAACUGCUAUACACGCAUUACUGCUAUACCUCCAAUAUCUACACCGGUGCACCCACUGCUAUACACGCAUUACUGAUUUACCUCCAAUAUCUACACCGGUGCACCAAAUGCUAUACAUGCAUUACUGCUUUACCUUUAAUAUCUGCUACGGUGCACCAACUGCUAUACACGCAUUACUGCUUUACCUUUAA